AUGAGGGUGUUUGCCAUUCUCGCUAUUAUCGUGGCAUCCGUGGCUGCCCGGGGGUCUGGUCCUUACCUACCAAGCGGUUGGAAGCCAGAUGGCCCCGCCUUCUAUCUACCAUCGGAAGUUCAGAAGCCCAAAGAAAAAUUAAUCCAAGAGAAUGUAAUACAAGAGUCGGAAGCCUCAGGUUCGAAUUCUUUCCAAGAAUAUGGUCCACCCAAGGUUGAAGAAAUAUCGCUGGAAUUAUCGAAACAGGGCUUGCCCGAUGCAAUCACAGAGCAGACCUUCGCCGUUAUUGACGUGAAAGCUAAACAAGUCGAUGAAGAAAAAAUAGCUUUAACAGAAAACCAAGUAUUUGCCGAAGAUUCGGAAGGUAAAUCGAAUGAACAGUCGUUAGUACAAGAAAUAGCUCCAGUAACUGAAGCAUUACCAAUUGUUGCACAAAUAACAACAUUAGCCGAAACCGAAGAGAAUGUUGAAAAUAUUGACACUCAACUGGACUUUGAAGCGACAACUCAAUUCAUCGAUGAAACCACCACAAUAAUUGCACAAACUAAAAGCCAACCCGUACAACUGGAGACCGCAGAUGUUGAAACAGAACAAAAAAUAACAGAAAACAAGGACCGAGGACAAACAGUAAAAUCGCUUCAGCAAGAAAAUGACAAUGCAAACAGUGACAUUGUAUCUACGAUUGAAGAAAGAUUACAAGUGCAAGAAAUACAGACUGUGAAAGAGGAAAUCCAGCAAGUGGACACCGAAGUGAAACGCGUAGAAACUGAAAUACAAAAAGUAGAAACACAGGUACAGAAUUUCGAAACUGAAGUAAAAAAUGUGGAACAUCUCGUUCAGAACAUUCCUGAGCUAUUAACUAACAUAGAUAAUGAAGUCAAGGAGCAGCAGGCUGAAAAUUUGCAGCAAAUAUCAGAAACUAAAGCUAUCCAAGAAACUUCGGGAUCCCUUGAACAAGCUCCUGAAGGCUUUUUGGAAUAUGGCCCCCCUGGUUUCAAAGAAUAUGGACCUCCUAAAGAAGACCUGUUAAGAACUAUAUAUGAGGUAAUCCCACCCGAGUUGCAAUCUAUCGAAAGUGAUUACGCAAGAAGACGACGUUUCUCACCUAAAUUAAGG